CGUAAUUUAAUAUGCUUUUUCUUACAUUCUUGAUUAGUGUUUCUGUAGCUUCUCAAGACUUACUCAAGAAAUGCUAUUUAGAACAAUUCACCAUUGGUGAUCCUGAAGUUAAAAUAUAGAUAUACUUUGAGGAUCAUGUAGUAAAGAAUCAUCAGAUCGAGUAUGAAUGUUUGGAAUUUAUCAUUUCAAGAGGAUAUUAUAAAGUUGCGCUGAGUCUUUAUGAGAAUUAUUUCCUCUUGAAUCAUAUCGAUAUUACUGAUAGAAUUGUUGCAUUCUUAAAGAAUGAUAAGUAUCUCAGCUAAAGAGAAAUGUAAACUCUAUUCAAAUUGGCAAUGGCACAAAGCAAUCAAGUUUAAGUUGUCUAGCCUGUAGUGUAAUGGGCUCAAUCAAAAAACGCUACAUUUAUCAAUAUCAAGUUCUCUCACAGACAAGAUGCCCCUGCUUGUUUGAAUGCAAAGUUGGAGGUAGUUGAAAUAAAGAGUGAUUCCCUCUUGAUAGAAGCAUUUGGAAUAGUUUCCCAUAUUCCAUUCAAAUAUAGAUAUGCCAUUAAAUUGUAUAAACUAAUUGACCCGGCUACUAGUUAUGAAAAAGUGGAGUCUGUAGGAACUAUGUAUGUGAAUCUCACAAAGGUAGAGCCAGUAUUGUGGUUAAGAUUGACUGAAGAGGAUUAUAAAACUCCAAUUUGGUGGGACCUGAAGGACAAUUACAGAAAAGAUAUGGAAGAAUUUACUCAAAUGCUUGAAAAGGAAAGCGAAAGGAAAGAGAAAAAUGCAGAUAAAUAGGCAAAAAAAAAUCAGAAAAAGCGGGAUUAAGAUAAGCAAAAAUAAACUACUCUAAAAGCUUAAGAAGCAAAAAGAUAACUAGAAUAUGAACACAAUUAAUGCUAUAAACCAGGAAAAUGUGAAAUAGGAUGGUAUUAAAGACAAUGAUUGUUUAUAAUUGGUUAUUAUUCAAUUCCCUAAUUAUUAUUUUACAUUUUCAA